GUUGAUUUUGGCAACACACACGGACGCGGAAUCGCUGUGCGCACGCUGGAUGUGCCAAUUGUCUUUGCACAAGUUUAAGCUUGUUCAGAUGUCGAUAGCAGUCCCGUACUCUCCACUUGUAUCAAGUUCUUACGUUUUGCAUCUACCACUUCUAAAUCUAAACGCACGAUGGGGAUGAUGUCUUCUUCGUCCGGAUCAUCGUCCGUCGACACCGCUACUGCGGCUACGGUAACGAAAGCGCUGGAAGCUGAACAAAUGGAAGUAGAGAAAGACGACACCGACGAGGGCUGCGAUUUUGCGAUGCUACAGGAAGAAACUGACGUGCGGGCAAUUUCAAGUGCGCCGACACCUCUUCUUGCAGCACGAAGACUUCAUCAUGGGUCUUCAACUACUAGCGCUGGUGGAACUGUUCUUGGAGCGCAGCCAAGCAUUAGUAAGGCUGUCGAUGAUGGAGCUGUAUGUGAUCAUAACGCUCGGAGUGCGAUGUCGAAACUGCGGUCGCUCGUGGCACAAGUAGACCAGGCCCUGCGUUACUUCGUUCGUGCUCGGGAGACGAAUAAGUCAGUGCUGCCUUUCCUCUGUUUUGUUCUCAUAACCGGGACGGUUCUCGCUUUUUACGACACGUGCAACAUCAGUCCUGGCAAGCGGAAAGACUGUGGGUAUCCCGGAAUAUCGACCCAGCAAUGCGUACUCUACGGCCGUUGGCAGUCGAAGUCUUCUGCGAAGCGCGCUGCUAGUGCUAGUGGCGUCAAAUUACAAAUCAGGACCUUCGUCGGCUGGGCCUCGCUUGGCAGUUCACUCUGGGCCAUAUCAGGGUAGUCAUGUGUGAUAAUUCGAUUUUCUACGUUUCGCUGUAAGAAGCUUGAAAGGAUUCGAGGAUGUGUAGACCUAGUUCCAGUGAAGGGAAAGGCAGUACACGAAGGUGGCGAGUAAGUACUCAUUGUUCAAAAUUUCCAAAACAGCUACGACGUCGGCGGGCUUCUCUUUUACCUCCUGCUUGCAGGAGUGACAACGUUCCAACAGACAGGCUGCUGCUACGACGGCCAGGUGCAGCCCGGGGUUCCUCACUGUUAUUGCUGACCUCCUGGGUACAGGGUCCGCGCCUGUCGAGGUCGACCAGUAGCAUAACAUGGGAAAGACUUUCGAAUAGAGCUGCACACAAAUAAACCGAGGUCGUUAUGCCGACUUGCUGCUCCUGACCCAUAUUCGAGGCGUUUUAACAGGAGCCGAAUACGCCACAUCUAAUGACAAGUAAAGUAUGAUUCGCCAACUCGCCUUGAUGUCUCCGUCUUAAACUGAAUUCAGAAAAUGCCUUACCGGAAGAUAUAUGACUGCUGGCCGCACGUGCGCUCGAUUCUUACAUCUAAGGACAGAAUUAUUGGCAUCGAACAAAGAAACAAAGCACGUGGCGCGACAGCUCGUUCGAUUCGCAAAGUGUGAGUGUCAGUGAC